AUGACGAGGAAACGGAUUAUAGCCCUAACAUGGUUCAAGAAUUCUUUCCUGCCCUUUGCUCUGUAUAUUCUACUGCAUAAAUGCCAAUCAACAACAACUGACAUGGGAGACAGCCUUCCAGUAGGGACUUCCCUCGUCGGAAAUCAGACUUUGGUCUCGAAGAAUGGCACCUUUGCAUUGGGAUUUUUCAGUCCCCAAAAAAGGAAUAACUGGUAUAUUGGCAUCUGGUAUGCCAAAGUGUCGGAGAAAACAUUUGUAUGGGUAGCUAACCGCGAAAAUCCUGUGAGAAACAUUCCCGGCGUUUUAAAUUUAUCAAGAGAUGGUUAUCUUCGACUGUUUGAUUUACGUGGACGAUUAAUUUGGUCGUCCGACAACAGCUUGAAGGCGUCCCGGGCAUCUUUGUUGGAAUCAGGUAAUUUGGUUUUGCUAAGAACACGGGCCGGGAAAGUUUGGGAAAGUUUCCAACAUCCGGUGGAUACAUGGCUGCCAGGGAUGAAGAUGCGGAAAGGAAUGAAACUCACUUCUUAG